UAAGAGCCAAUCACAGUCGAUUGCUACUUGGCCGCUCAUUGAGCGGUCGUGUUUCUAGAUGUACACAAUUCGUUAUGUACAUCGCGUCAGCCAAUCAAUAUAUUAGUUUUACAGGAAAACAACAUAGUUAAUAGCAAAUUUGCUGAUUGGCUACCGCGUUGCCGUGUCUUGUCUACGAGCGUCCAUAGGCCUUGAGCAAUAUGCGUACUUAACCAAAUAUUGUUUCAUACAUGUGAGAAAGGUAACAGAACUUAUUUGACGAAAGCGGAGUCUUUUUUAUUGCGUUCUUUCAUUUUAUGCAAAAAACGUAUCAGAUGCAUAACAAUUCAUUAUUUUCAUCGAGAAAGCUAUAUUGAAAGCUAUAUUACCCGUUUGACUUCUCAAAUCUUUUUUAUAGACAUGUGAUAAUAAUAAAUAAACUUUAUUUCGUUGAGAUUUAAGAUAAUGACUGUCUAUUAAAGUGUUUUGUUGCGUUGUGCCCAUUGUUGUCUAAAGUGCCAUGGCAAAUUGUCCACGUCUUGUUUCUGAUUACUUUACUCCACACGUUGUGUGGUAUGAUAAAGAUUAUAUAGUUGUUAUUCGCAUUCAAUUAAGCGAUAUAUCUGAUUAUUAUUUGCGAGUUGACAACGAGUAUUUGAUUUUUAGUGCAAUAAAAGAUGAUAAAAGAUAUUAUCUCGUCCUGCACUUGUUUGGACCAGUGAUAGCAGAGAAGACAAGAAACAAGAAUGUAGGAAGGGAAAUUACAGUUCGUCUUAUAAAAGCGCUUAAAACUUUUCCAUGGUUAAGACUGAUCAGUUCUAAGGAAAAAAAUUUUUUUAUAUCACGUGACUUGAGUGAGCUAUAUGAAAUAGAUGAGCUGAGUGGUGAAGUCCAAAUAAAUGAAAAGGGAAAGCAUUGCAGAAGAAGUCAAAAAGCAGUCAAAAAGGAUAUAUAUUACCUUUUGAGCAGUGCAGUGAUGAAGAUGAUUCUGAUGAAGAUGAAACAUAUUUUUCUGAAUUGAUAUAUUAAUACAUAUUAUUCAGCUUCUCUCACUGGAGUAUAAUUACUAUCCAUAUUUUUAUAACUAAAGAAAUGAUUGGUCAUUAUUUUAUAAACAUUGUUUACAAUUAAUAAAUUAUUUGCACAGUGUUUCAGAAAUAGUCAUCAAAACACUUUUUGAAGUCUUUACAACUCAAAUAAAUUCUGCAAAAAUAGAUAAUUAUUUAUAUAAUGCCAUAAAUAAAUUUUUGUGGUAAAUUUUAUUUUUUACCUUUCUGCCAGCAGAUGUUGAGUCUUUUAGGGCUCAUGUUACAAUUUUGAGGAAGUUUGUUAUGGGUCAAAAUCCCACUCGACGUUCGCUGUGCACACUGUCACACUGUUCGCUUUCCAAGGAUUAAUAAAAAACAAUGAGAUUUAUAUGAUUCCCGGUGCGAAUUGUGACACGGAUAUUUUAUCUUUUACGGAUACAUUAUAUUUCCUCCGUUGUAUAUUAUCAAAUUGACAACUUAACAAUAUUUAGACGUGUUCUUAAUCAAGUCUUCCAAAAAAAUAAAGUAAAAGUUUUCAGAAAUAUAAUAAAUAAUUAUUUUUAAGAUUUUUUAAAUCUGACAGUUUAUAUCACUAUUUAUGUAAAAAAACAUCGGUUGUUGGAUCAAGUUCGUUACACUGAAUGCAAUUCUUGAUAUUUAGUGAAAACAAAUACAAUUCUGAUACAUUCUGUGUCACAAGAAAUAACAAUUCUUUCUUGUGUAAAACCAAAUAUAAAAUCA